AUGAAGAUGAUCCUUGAAAGGAGUGGAACUCUUAUUACAUGGGAGUUGUUUAGGACCAAAUUCUACACUGAGUACUUCCCAGACAAUGUUAGAUUUGCAAAGGAAGUGGAAAUCCUUGAGCUGAUGCAGGGCAAUAGAUCAGUGUCAGAGUAUGCAGAUAGCUUCAAACACUUGCUUCGCUUCAACACUAUGGCGAUGGAUGAAGAGUGGCAAUGCAGAAAGUUUGAGAAUGACUUAAGAAGUGAUAUAAAGCUGCUUGGGAAGGGGUUACGCAUCAGGGAGUUUCCUGCUUUGGUGGAGAUGGCCCGCGAGAUGGAAAAGACUAAGAAGGAAGUAGAAGGGCCUCAGAGUCAGCAAAGCCAACCACUGAGGGUUGGGGGACCAGCAACAUCCAGAGGCGGUUCUAGUGCUAGGAAAACCCCUUUCUCUAGAUCCAUUUCUUCUGGGUCCAGGGGUUCUUCCUCUCAGUCAUCGGGGCAACCCAAUUUUGCUAGCCCCGUGAGGUGCUUCAUAUGUGGAGGGCCAUACCUUCAGGCUGUAUGCCCUCAGCUGGUGGGGUUCAAGAGGUGCAACAUCUACAGGCGAGACGACCAUUAUGCCAGAGACUGUCCUAUGACCAGGAGGGCAGGCCCACAGACACAACGGGUUGGGAGAUCUAUUCAGAGGGGUGGUAUUCGGCCACGGGCAGCAGGGAGAGUCUACGCAUUGACUGGAGCUGAGGCAGCUAGUGUAGGUAACCUUAUUGUCAACAGUUGCUUAUUAUUUGGAGCUUCUUGUGUGGCAUUGUUUGAUUCGAGGGUGACACAUUCAUUUGUGUCGAAGGCUUGUGUGGAGAGGCUGGGUUUAGUAGUUAGAGAGCUUCAGUGCGAUCUAGUGGUGUCUACAUCAACAGCGGGGUUAGUCAGGACAUCUAAUGUGUGCUCCAGAUGUCCUAUUGAGGUAGAGGGGCGCAGAUUCAGAGUGAACCUUAUUUGUUUACCUCUGCAGGGGCUAGAGGUAAUUCUGGGAAUGGAUUGGUUAACAGCCAAUUGUAUUCUUUUAGACUGCGGUGGAAAGAAGCUAAUAUUUCCCGAUGAAGAUGAAGACAUGUCCUUGUCAAUUGGUGUGUUGAGACAAGACAUCUUGGAGAACGCUAGCUAUUUCUUAAUCAUGUCUCACAUGGAAGGGGCCCAAGACUUAAACCCUUCAACGCAUGGAAACCAGAGUGUAGAUCUUCUGGUUGUGAAUGAUUUCUUAGAUGUAUUCCCUGAGGAAGUUCCUGGUCUACCUCCUCCGGGAGAGGUAGAGUUCUCCAUAGACCUGGUGUUAGGGGCAGGGCCAGUGUCUAUAGCUUCGUACCGAAUGUCUCUGGAAGAAUUAGCAAAGCUGAAGAAAUAG